CGGAUCAGCUUACAAGUUGUGGCGUUUCGUCAGAAGGUUUGCAAUAUUUAUAUUUUUAUGUCUGUUUUAAUUGUGGUAUGAACAGCAUUUAUCCAUUACGAUAUCUGCCGGCAUAGCUUUUGAUUCAAGCCACUUAAAGAAGCGUUCUGGGAUCCUCCUGUUGACAAAGAGCAGACCUGUCCUCCAGACAACAUCAUGGCUUCACGGGGGAAAUCUGAAACUGGAAAACUGAGGCAGAACAUGGAAGAGCAGCUGGACAGACUGAUGCAACAACUGCAGGACCUGGAGGAAUGCAGAGAGGACCUGGAGGAGGAGGAGUACGAGGAGACCAAGAAGGAGACGCUGGAGCAGUUGAGCGAAUUCAACGACUCCUUGAAGAAGAUCAUGACCGGGGACAUGACCCUGGUGGACGACCUCAGCGGCAUGCAGCUGGCGAUCCAGGCGGCCAUCAGUCAGGCCUUUAAAACCCCAGAGGUCAUCCGAAUGUUCGCCAAGAAGCAGCCGGGCCAGCUCCGGACGCGACUAGCAGAGAUGGACCGAGAUGUGAUGGUGGGCAAGCUGUCGAGGGACGUGUAUGUGCAGCAGAAAGUGGAGAUCCUCACUGCCUUGAGAAAACUGGGCGAGAAGCUCACUUCCGAGGAUGAGAGCUUUCUAACGGAGAACGCCACAGCGAGCCUGAGCCAGUUUGAGCGAGUCACUGCAGAUCUGGGGUCCGAAGAUAAGAUUAUGGCUCUGGCUAGCUGUGGUGUGAAGACCAAGACGUGAGAACACAUAACUACCAACACAAACCCUUUCUUUGCUUCCAUUGACGGAGAAAAGGGCCAGAUGAGUAUUUUAUAGCACUGAGGUUUUAUUCGUCCAUCAUGCUUUCUAACAGUAUCCGUCGCAAACCGUUCCUGGUCUCAUUAGUGGAGAUGAUUGUAACGUCGCUGGACACAUAUUUGGAAGAUGGAGGAUUUGUUUAGCAUAUUUUGUCUGUACUUUUAUUUCCUGCCAGAUUGUCUGUCUUUUUAUAUUGAAGGUGGUUUAAUAAGUUGUACAAAGGAACCACUAUUAUGAUCCAUCCUUCUCCAUGUGAGUUCAAUCAUACAUUGAUGGUGGGGUUUCAUUUAACCCUUGUAUUUUAAACUGCUUGGCUUUUAUUUUUAUUAUUUUAUUUUGGUGUUAAACGAUUUUAUCCGAACCUAAUUUUAAUAUUGACUUUUAAUCGAUAACGGAUUGGAUACUGCUUGGUACAUACCGCUUGGUACAUAUCACUUAACCAUUUAUUUAAUCAUUAUUUAAUGUUUUAUUUUGCAUUAUAUUUUAGAAACAACCAGGCCGAUGCAGUUAUACAGGCCGAUGCAGAUGCCAAUAUUUUGUGCCAAUAUUCUAUAUUUUUGAAUGUGAUCCUUUUCAUGGAAUGAAAUUCUGAUCAACAUUAAAAGAAUACAUUGCUGCC